UCCUAUCCCGUAUCAGGUUCUGUGAUGUGUCUGGGACAGUUACCGAUUUGUUCACUGAGAUCAUUAUAUUUGUCUUCAAUGUUUAGGUUUCAGUGAAAAGAAGUGUUUUGUUCUCCUUUGUAUGGAUAACGUGAUUCAUUAUCUUCCAUGUUAAAGUUAGACCUGCUGUGAGAGAUUUAUUUGAAGAAAAACCCACAACUGGAAGCAAAGCACGACUGAAGACGAGGGAACAGCAACAAGUGAACCAGCCCGAGGACUGAGAGCAUCAACUGGAGAGGACCCAUCUGACUCGGAGAUUCCAGUGAUUCAGUCAGGAGAAAGUUUGCUGUGCGGACCAACCAUUCAUCUGGGCAGGAAACGUUUACAUGGCUUCAAAACUGUGGCACUUCACAUUGACAAUAGAUAAAAGAAAAUCCCAGCUGCACGUCAACAAAGGGUAUUUGUGUGAGAGUGUUCAGUUACUUUGCGGACAGGCACUCUUGCAGCUCAGUGGAAACAGAGAAUAAUACCAAUGGAGAGAGUCAAACUGAGCCAGGUCACAGAUUGGUGACGGCAGAAAUGCCCGAUUCUUAUAGACACAGGAAGAUCAUCAGAGAGUUUGAUGGUCAUUCCAGAUACCUGCACUGUGCCCAGCUGGAAGAUGACUUCUCUCUCCAACUUGGGUUGAACCUCACUGUAAGAGUGUGAUGCCAGAUCACACCUUGACACCUCAAGUAAUCUCGUCUGACAUAUUGUCCUUCACCCAUUGAUGUACUAUAAAUCUUUUUCAGGUUAAAAACAACAAGGAAAUUAUCUACGGGGAGGUCAAACACAACACGCUGUUUUGUUGUCUAUGUCCAGAUAUUUAAGAAGUGGAACAAGGGAUUUACUCGAUCAUCAUUCCUACUCAGACUGUGGGGAGUGAUUCACUCGAUCAUCAUUCCUACUCAGACUGUGGGGAGUGAUUCACUCGAUCAUUAUUCCUAUUCAGACUGUGGGAGAGAUUCAUCGAUCAUCUGACCGACUGACAUGCUAUCAAUUUACACGGGGGAAUCCAUUUAUCUGCUCAGUCAUCCACUCUAAUGGCUCACCAGCGAGUUCACACCGGGGUGUGGCCAUUCACCUGCUCAGACUGUGGGAAGGGAUUCACGUUGUCAGCUCACCUACUGAGUCAUCAGUCAGUUCACACGGGUGAGAGGCCAUUUACCUGCUCUGACUGUGGGAAAGGAUUCACUUUGUCAUCUAAUCUUAAGCUACAUCAGCGAGUUCACUCUGGGGAGAGGCCGUUCACCUGCUCAGACUGUGGGAAGGGAUUGGCGUUGUCUUCCCACCUACUGAGACAUCAGUUAGUUCACACUGGUGAGAGGCCGUUCACCUGCUCAGAAUGUGGGAAAAGAUUCACUUCGUCAUCUCAACUUAAGGUACAUCAGCGAGUUCACACUGGGGAGAGGCCGUUCACCUGCUCAGACUGUGGAAAAGGAUUCACUCAGUCAUCCCACCUUCAAGCACAUCAGCGAGUUCACACUGGGGAGAGGUCGUUCACCUGCUCAGAGUGUGGGAAGGGAUUCGCGUUGUCAUCUCACCUACUGAGACAUCAGUUAGUACACACUGGUGAGAGGCCGUUCACCUGCUCAGAAUGUGGGAAAAGAUUCACUUUGUCAUCUCAACUUAAGGUACAUCAGCGAGUUCACACUGGUGAGAGGCCGUUCACCUGCUCGGACUGUGGAAAAGGAUUCACUCAGUCAUCCCACCUACAAGCACAUCAGCGAGUUCACACUGGGGAGAGGCCAUUCACCUGCUCAGACUGUGGGAAAGGAUUCACUCAGUCAUCCCACCUACAAGCACAUCAGCGAGUUCACACUGGGGAGAGGCCAUUCACCUGCUCAGACUGUGGGAAAGGAUUCACUCAGUCAUCCCACCUACAAGCACAUCAGCGAGUUCACACUGGAGAGAGGCCGUUCACCUGCUCAUUGUGUGGGAAGCGAUUCGCGUUGUCCUCUCACCUACUGAGACAUCAGUUAGUACACACUGGUGAGAGGCAGUUCACCUGCUCAGAAUGUGGGAAAAGAUUCACUUUGUCAUCUCAACUUAAGGUACAUCAGCGAGUUCACACUGGGGAGAGGCCAUUCACCUGCUCAGACUAUGGAAAAGGAUUCACUCAGUCAUCCCACCUGCGAGCACACUACUCAGUUCACACCGGGGAGACUCUAGACACCUGCUCGGACUUUGGGAAGAGAUUCUCUCAGUCAAAUCAACCAAAUGUGCAUCAUUGAGUUCACACUGGAGAGACCGUUCACUGGAUGUGUGUCCAUCACCGUUGCUGAAUGCAAUUUCGAGACUGACUGUCGGUGCUGAACUCUGCAAUCAUUGCUGCUGCUCACCACACCCAGUUCUGCACCCUGGUCACUGGGCAUGGGAGGAGUUUCUUCUGCUGCACAUUCACCUUUAAUAGGACUGGAGUUUAAUAUUCUGCAUCUGUGACAAAUAAAUCAGUU